UCUCCCCCGCUUCCACCCAAUUCCAUUCCGCCGUCUCCAUCUAUCGGCCCUCGAAAGCGUUCAAUCCAUGAGGUUGAGGAUAUCGCUGUACCGGAACUUGGCCCAAAGAGGCCCUUGACCAGCAAAGAGAACCAGGAGAACCAGGACCCAGCAACUGCCGAAUCUCCCGCCAAGCCAUCAAAAUCUCCAAAGCAUCUCGCGGCUUCAAAGUAUCCGACACCUAUUGUGGAAAUUCCUGCUAGGAGGUCCCCGCCCCAGAGUACGGGCUCUGCAAGUCCCACCCCUUGUUUACCUACUGAAUGUACAUCUACACAAUCGAACUCUACACCAUUGUCGACCUCUGCUAUGACCAUUCCCGCAUCCAAGAAGCGGAAGCUUUCGCCCGCCAGUCAGCAAGCCAAACAAGAAGAGAAGGAUGCCAAGGAACGCCAGCGCGUGGAGGAGAAACAACGGAAGGAAGAGGAGAAGCUAGCAAAGGCAGAGGAUAAAAAGAAGCGCGAUGCUGAACGUGAGGAGGAAAAGCGAUUGAAGGAGGAAGAAAAGAAGAAGCGCGAGGCCGAACGCGAAGAAGAAAAGAAGAAACGCGAGGCCAAGCACGAAGAGGAGAAGAAGCAGCGCGAAGAGAAGAAAAAGGCGAAGGAGGAGGAAAAGGCUGCCAAGGAUGCUGCGAGAGAGGAAGAAAAGCGGAAGAAGGAAGAGGAGAAGUUGAAAAAGGAGAGGUCCCAAAUGAGGUUGAACAACUUCUUUGCAAAGCCCCAGCUGCCCUCCUCGGCAUCCUCUACAGUCCCACCAUCUCCGAGCAAAAAAGCCCCCAAUGGUGAUGCCGCCGCCGAGACCCCUCGAACUUCAGAAUCCGACUACAAGAAAGCUUUCCCUGAAUUCUUUCUCCAAUCCCACACGAUAGUCGCGCCUCCCCAUCGAUUUGACCGGGAUUCGGACGCUUUGAAACAUGUCCGUGAAACCAUCGAUACCGAUUUGAACUCCGCCGAUCGCAAGUACCAGCAGUUUCCAUUCCUACCAUCUGAGAUUUUUCACAUGAUACCAUACCGUCGACGUUGUGGGCGCCAGACCAGCUCUGUAAGAGAUCUUUUGCAACAGAUACAGACUUUAGAAAGCGGUCCUUCGCCGCUUUCUGAGAAACAACAACAGAAACACCGCGCUCAGCUACGCAGGGUCACGAUGAAAUCUCUCAAAUUUGGCGAGGAUAUCCGACCCCCUUACCAAGGAACCUAUACUCGUACUGUGCCGGAAACAACGGCAUUGAAAUUGUCUCGCAACCCGUACUACCGCGGUCUGCCGGACACUAAUUAUGACUACGAUUCUGAAGCGGAAUGGGAAGAACCCGAAGAAGGCGAAGACCUUGAUUCUGAAGAAGAAGACGAAGGCAGCGACGAAGGGGAAGAUGAUAUGGAUGGCUUUUUGGAUGAUGAAGAUGAUGCUCUCGUCGGAGGCAAACGCCGUCUCAUUGUUGGCGAUUUAGAACCAGUUAACAGCGGCAUUCGGUGGGCAACAGGCAGUGUGGACGAUGAACUCAAGCAAUACCAGAUCGAAACGAUCUCAGAUGCCGUCAAAUUUCCAAUCGACCCAUUCACCACUGUGUAUUGGCAGAAGCCCCGUGCUGUCGAGCAGGCCUCGGCAAAAAACAAGACUGCAAAUAACCAAGCCAAGGGCGCGAAUACGCCAUCUAUCUUCAAAGUUCCCAACUCGGACAAGGCGUCUGCCGGUAGCGCACUGCCACCGCCGCCAGCAACCAAAGCGAAGCGCCCGUUCCCUCCUGAGCAACUGGAAGAAUUCAAGCAGGUCAUUGAAGGCAGUGAUCUAAGUAAGAUCGGUGUGGUCGAGAUCCUCAAGAAGCGAUUCCCCAAGGUCUCUAAAGAUACAUUGAAAGUAACCUUGGACCAGGUUGCGGUCCGCGUUGGCCAGAAGGAGGCUGAUAAGAAGUGGGUUUGUCGGUGA